UCAUCAUUAGCAUUGGAAGAUUUAUUUUAUUUUUCUGCGGGAAGUGAUUUCCCUCGCGGCUGGGAACCCCAGCAACCUGGGCGCUCGCUUGCCCUGCCGCCGCUACUACCCUCCGCACCCCCGUUUGUUGCUGGCUCGCCCCCUCCCACCCCUGCAGAGGCUGCGCUGCUGCUGCCGCCGGGGCGGAGGGCGGGAGGUGGCGGGCUCUCACCCGGGCUGAGCCAUGCCGGGGGGCGGCCGUGGUUGCCAGAAUCAGGAAUGGGGCGAGACGUCGCUGAGGAUCCCCACAUCUUUCCACCGGGGGCCCAGGAGGCAGAGGAAUCGCCGCCGCCGCCGCCGCUACUGCUGCUGAAAGACAACGGGCGAUGGGAUGAAGAUGAGACGCCACAAGCUCUUUUUGACUCUGUGCAUGGCUGGUCUCUGCCUCAUCUCCUUCCUUCAUUUCUUGAAGGCCCUGUCCUAUGUCACAUUCCCCAGGGAGCUGGCAUCACUUAGCCCCAACCUUGUGUCUAACUUAUUCUGGAACAAUGUACCGGUCACACCUCAGGCUAGCCCUGACUCUGAGGGUCCAGAAAUUCUGCGUACCCCACUAUAUUCCCACUCACCACUGCUUCAGCCUCUUUCCCCAAGCAAAGCUGGUGAGGAGCUACACAAAGCUGAGUUUGUGCUGCCUGAAGACACCACAGAAUACUUUGUACGCACCAAAGCUGGUGGUGUCUGCUUCAAGCCAGGGACUAAGAUAUUGGAAAAGCCACUAGCAGGACGCCUAGAGGAGAAGAUAGAGGGAGUUAUAUCCGGGCGCACGGGCCGUAAACCUUUGAGUGCCACUGGGACAAAACGACGUAAAUGGGUGGAGUGCAUGUGCCUGACAGGUUGGCAUGGACCCAGCUGUGGUGUUCCCACUGUGGUUCAGUAUUCAAAUCUCCCCACAAAAGACCGUCUGGCACCACGGGAGGUUCCCAGGAGAGUCAUUAAUGCCAUCAAUGUGAAUCAUGAAUUUGACCUCUUGGAUGUACGUUUUCAUGAGCUAGGUGAUGUGGUGGAUGCCUUUGUGGUUUGUGAAUCAAACUUCACAGCAUAUGGUGAACCACGUCCUCUCAAGUUCCGUGAGAUGCUACUCAAUGGCUCCUUUGAUUACAUCCGGCACAAAGUGCUCUACGUCUUCCUGGAUCACUUCCCCCCUGGUGGCCGCCAGGAUGGCUGGAUUGCUGAUGAUUACCUGCGUACCUUCCUAACUCGAGAUGGCAUCUCUCGCCUCCGCAAUUUGCGGCCAGAUGAUGUUUUCAUAAUUGAUGAUGCAGAUGAAAUCCCAGCCCGUGAUGGUGUCCUUUUCCUCAAACUCUAUGAUGGCUGGACAGAGCCUUUUGCUUUCCAUAUGCGGAAAUCUCUCUAUGGAUUUUUCUGGAAGCAGCCUGGCACUCUAGAAGUGGUUUCUGGUUGUACAGUUGGAAUGCUCCAGGCUGUUUAUGCCACCGAUGGAAUUCGCCUACGCCGGAGAGAAUAUUAUACCAUGCCAGGCUUUCGGCAGUAUGAAAACAGCACAGGUCAUAUCCUAGUACAGUGGUCAUUGGGCAGUCCACUCCACUUUGCUGGCUGGCAUUGUUCUUGGUGUUUUACACCUGAAGGAAUUUAUUUUAAACUGGUUUCAGCUCAGAAUGGAGACUUUCCCCGUUGGGGUGACUAUGAGGACAAACGAGACCUUAACUAUAUUCGAGAGUUAAUUCGGACUGGUGGGUGGUUUGAUGGUACCACCCAGGAGUAUCCACCUGCAGACCCCAAAGAACAAAUGUAUGCCCCCAAAUAUCUUUUGAAGAAUUAUCAACGGUUUUGUUACUUGUUGGAAAAUCCCUAUCAGAAGGCAAAGGGAACAGGGUGAGGGGAGUGGGCUUGCAUGAGAAAACACAAUCUUUUUUGGGAAAAAGGGAAAGUCAGACUGUGUCUUUUGUUUUUUCCUCUGCCCCAUUCUGCUGGGAUUUGUACAUUCUCUCUACCCUGUCAGUCCCACUGCAGACAAGAGAUUUAGGAUAUGUGUGUAUGGAAAGGGACUCCUAGGAACAUUCCUGUCCCCAGGAACUAGCUUUUUGUAGGAUUGAAGAAAAAUCUGAUGCAGGAAGCAUCCAUAAGUCUUGGGAACUGGGGAGCAUGCAGUGGAUGUGUGAAGGUAUGAAUGUGCCAAAGCCUCUACAACCUUUGUAGUAUAGCUAAGGAUAACAUUCAAUUCCAUUUUUAAAACCCAGUUUCUCCUAAGUACUUUGGCAUCAAUGGCUGUUCUGCUUUCCUAAUAUAUGGCCACCAAGAGAGAUUUUGUCAGUGAAAAUGGACAUUGAACUCAUCUAGGAUCUUUAUAUUUUGCCAUGUGCAUCUGUUAUAUGAGGAUAUAAAGAUGGAAGCACACACAAACUGGAAGCAUAGUAGCACCAAAGAAUUCUGCUUUCCAUCUUAUGAUUAUGGACAUUCAGGGAAACUUUACAAACUGGCAGGGUAUGAAGGUUGAAAAGCUGUCUGAUUUUGGAUAUAUUUUGGAUAGUUAGCCUUUAAUAUAAGAAUAAGAUGACAGCACAACCUGUAGCCCACAGAUUUGAAAAGAGUAUAGCUAUCACAGAUACACUUCCCUCUUCUUUAGCAACACAAUGUGAUGUUUACAUUUUCAACUAAAACAGGGUGUGUCUAAUGCUUCAGAGGAAAGGAGAGGUCAGCUCCAGUGCCCGUCUUUCUACUUCUGAAACAGAAGAAGUGCAAAGGUACUUGGCUCUAUGAUGCCAUUGUUUUGAGGAUAAGAUAAUAUUGUUGCUAUACCAAUACCAAUCAUUUGGUUUGCAAAGGCAGAGACGGGAAUGGAGGGUAUUUAUCUGAUGGAAAUGAAAUGAGAAGCCAACAAUUAUAACCUGGAUGCCAAGCAUUUCUGUGGUCAAUUUUUUUUGCAGCUUUCAAUGAAGUAUAUCAUUGCCCCACUCCCAAUCACUUAUGCAUCUAUGGCCCUAAAUCAGGAUGAGAAACAGGUCAAGGCUUACAUUCUGCUAGCUGCUAGGAAAACAUAUGAAGCAAUGAGGAGGAGUUCAAAAAGAGCUUCUUUGUCAUAAUGUGUUAUUCUGGCAUGCACCAUUUUCCUUGUUUGAUCCAUCCAGCAUUUCACGCUCUUCUGCCUUUACAACAUUGAAGUCUUGCCAUUCUAGAGACUGCAAGCCAUGUUGUAUGUGAUUUGUCUUUUGCACAUUUUGCCUGUGCAGUAUACUCUGCCAGUUCAUCCUCUGACUUUUUUUUUAAUGUGGUGAAUAUCUAAAUACAGACUCUUUUUCAAUAGCAAAGUUUCAGGAAAGAGGAUUUGAGCAGGGAGAAGAUGAGUAGGAUUUUUUGGUUUGUGUUUCAAGGGUGGCUCCCUUACCAGCAAAGUAAUAUUCUGUUGCUUGAGUGAAUUUAUCAAGAGUUAUAAAAGAAAUCAUAAGUACAAAAGAGCCCUGAGCUUGCUUAAAAUCUGUCUUAUUACCAAGAAGAGAUCUGUACUACUUUUUAUCUUGUGAUCAGCAUAAGAAUGAAGCCAAUAUUAAAUUACGUUAAACUUUCCCUCUAUAGAUAUUGUUACUUUGGUCUGUCAUAAAAUUAAACUGAGCAGAGAAGAUACAUAUGCCUUACAUUGUGAGAAAGAUUUAUCAUGUCAAAGGAGAACAGACAUGUGGCUAUGCUAAAGCAAAUGUGUAGCAAUAGCAAAAGAACCACUAUUGAGGAACUGAAGGUAGCAAAACACCAAGUUUUCUUAUGCUUCUUCACUACAGAUACAGGAACUGUUUUGUCUUCACCCUUGGGAUGAAAGGAGAAUCUAGGCCACAACUCCAUUGCUCUCUAGUUCUAAUUAAACUUCAACCACCAGGAGGUCUAUCCACACACUCAGUUGUUAGAAGUGAUAGGAGUUGAUAUCCAAUAUCAGAAAGAUUGCAAGUUGUCUACUUUAGUUUAGGGCCAACUCUUUCCACUGCUUUUUUUUUUCCUAAAUAUGUUGGACUUCACAUUUGGAAAGCUGAGGAAGGCUAUUCUAGAGGCCAUAGUUUUCAAUGCUUAUAAUUCCAUUAAAAGUAGUAAUUGGGAGAUGCUUCUUCAGUAUUGAUAGGGACAAAGCAAAUGGAGGAGGUGCUUCCAAACUACUAUAACAGGGAAAAAACUGCACUUUUAUACUCAGUGAGACAUGAACUGGGAGGUUGAAGCAUAUCUGGCCAUUGGGUUCAAGUCAAUCAACUUUACUUUAAAAGAGAUGUUUUUCUAUAAUAUUUCUGUGGAGUUUCCUAAAAGAAUGCACCCUUCCGUUCAGCUCAGUCAAUACUGAUUGUGAUACACAUAUAAUUUAUCAUCUACAUUUUGUAUGCGCGACUGUGAAUGACUUUUACAAUGAAUGCCCAUGAAUUCUUAAUUCACUGAUUAGCACAAAUUUUUGGUUCUACCUGUCAUCAAAAUGCAGACAAAAUGUUUCUGAAUUCUUUUAUCUUUCUACAAGUUUUUUUUACCACCUUUUUCUUUCCCAUAUCUGUUUUUCUCCCUUUAUUUUCUUUCCCUUCCACUGUUGUUUCCAAGGAACAGAUCCCAUUCUAAAUGGAUAAGUUAGCACUAAAAUCCUCUGGGAAGCUGAAAGGACUCUUUGUUCUGGUCUCCUCUAAUUGCACCAAAGUGAAACUUGAAACUGACCUCUAAUGGGAGAGAAAGGGAGACUUUAUGGUAAAACCUUUGCUUUAAUAAUAGUAACAACAAACUUUUGCACAGGGUAGCCUGAAACACUUCUACUAUAUGAACCAUCUAUUUAUUUAUUAUAUAGCUACUAGCAUUCAGUUUCAUAGAACAGACUGAAGGAACUUUGCACUAAUAACAAUCGUUUGAGCAUCUGUUGUGGGGUUAGGUAUAGGAGACUUAGUUUUGGGAAAUGGCUAUUUUCUUUCUUUUUUCCUUCUCAGCCAUCAUGAAUAACUGGAGCUAAUAGGAUAAUGCCUCCUAAUGGUUGUUGAUCAAAAAUAUGUAUUUUCUUUACAGCCUUUACCCUCACUCAAUUCUACUCUACUGUUCCAAACAAAUCUUUGGAAGAGUUUAAGCAUAAUUGCCACAGUCCAUAACAGCCGUACUGAGUGGUUGAUAAGUGGUGCCUACUUUGCAGUCUGCUUUUGGACCUUAGCUUCUCAUUUGCAUAGUGUUCAGAGAAUGCCUUACUCCUACAAUGUUCUACUCCUUUUUCAAACUUACAGCCUGAUAAAACCAGGGUGUAAUAUUCAUCCUAGGCUAUGCCUCUCUUUAAUUGCAGGGGGUGUGUGAUUCUGUGACCUUCUUUAGAAAACAUAAAUUUCUCUCAAUAUAGAGAAGUACAUAAGGAGAGAGAAGACUUUUAUCUUAUUAGCUUCUAUGAUGUGCUAAUUUUGUGUCUGCAGUUGGAGUGUGCUUUUUCUUGUACUCCAUUUUCUCAGCUUACCAUAGCAGAGGUCACGAACGGUUCUAUUAUUUACUUCUUAUACCAACUAGGCUAAUCAUGGCUUUAAUUUAUUCUUAUCUUAUAAUCUUUUAAUCUCUUAUACAAUACAGGCAGCAACUUAGGAGACUUCUAGAAUUAUGCUAUCACCUUUGUCCAUUUGUUCUAAUUCUCAUUUUUUAAUGUUCACUACAACUCUGGCACAUCUUAUUUUUGCUUUCCACAACCUGCUCUUAGAAUGGCAGUCAAAUCCGCUUAAGCAAAGUCUGUGGUGGCUGAAUAUUAAUGCAAUUGCUGUCUCAAUAUCUAGGAAAAUACCAGGUUAAGAAAAGCUUUUUUAGUUAAGUAAGAUAUCUGGCAUUAACUAAAGGAUUGUAUAUGUUCAUCCUUUGAUUUUCUGUGGGGUUCUUUUCUUACUUUCCCUCUUUGUCCUACUAUAUAUCUUCUUAUUAUCUUCCAAUAUCUGUAUUACAAAAACAGGAAGCUCAUUUUAUUUUCUUUAACAGGCAUACUGUUCAAGGAGAUUCUGAAUCAUUCAAACGUGUUAUAAUUUUUUUAAAAUUGCAGCUGAACAGACCUUGAAACUGAAUUGAUAUUUCUAUUGAUUGAUUGCUUGCUCCUGGCCAAUCUUUUUUUACCCUCAGUUUCAGAAGUGAUGGCUGCCUGACCUAUACUCACAUUCUGGCAUAGAUUGUAAGGGACAAGAUAUUAUGUCUGGUAAGUCCAUUAAAAGCUAGCUGCUUUAAUAAAAGAAGGGAUUGCUCUUGCCUUCAUUUAUGUCUACUUCCAAGGUGCUUUUCCACCUUAGAGAAACUUUAAAAGGGAAAAUAUGUUGCUGGUAAGUCUAGUUGUGUGGGUAUAGGAGGAAAUAGAGGCCUUAAUAGCAGUACAGUAUUAGGACAUAGAGGUCAUUGUGUUAUACCAUCAUUGAGGUUACUAGGCUUGGUACAUCAGCUUAAAAAGAAAGUUUGGCAACAAGGAUGCACCACUGUCCUGUAUAAUUACCACAGAGAGAAGUCCUGAAAAUAGGACUUCUGUUUCUCAAGGAAAGGAUGUGGGAUAUCUUAUACUAGCAAACUGAAAUAGCUUUUGUGGCCCACGUUGGCUAAGGUUUAUGUGGGACUCGCCAAAUAUGUAGAAGUCCUCUACAGUCUAAUUUAUAAUACCUAUAUUAAUAAUUUUGUAAGGGUAAAUCAGUGUGUACAUACUGAAAUCAUUUUCUCUGUAAAUGGUUGGAUUUCAUUUCACCCUUAAAGGGAUGUUUAAAGGAAAAAAUAAAACAAAUUACACAAUGAAAGGGAACCUGGGAUGUGUGCUUGUUUUUAUUUCAAACUGGAACAGGAAGACAGACGCUCAAGGAAGAGGGCAGGAGAGUCUGCUUCUUUCAGCUCUGAAUAAACACACAUACAUAUAUGGAAAAGUAUGCAGUGUUAAAAUAUUUGUGUUCUUUUUAAUGCAGUAUGUAACCACUUUU